GGUACCCCUGAAGGAAUGUCAAGAAUGGUGUCAAAUUCUUGUCAAAAUAACAAAACAAAACAACAUCGUAUCACAUCACAGCAGAAUAGAACUGCUAGAAAAAUUAUAAACAAAGUACAAAAAUAAUCGUUAUUAUAUAUUAAUGCUUAGAAAUUUCAACGUUGUGACAUCUAUAUUUAGGCCUUUUAAGUAUUUACUGUCUACUGCACCACUUGGAUUUAAAAUGGUGCGUUUUUUUCCGAAUCCCUACGAUGAUUACAAGCCAGGAACUUCAUUAUCAAUCAACAAGGAUGAGUUGAUCACUCAGAUAAACGAGCAUACUAAAAAUAUAGCAAAACGUUUGCAACCCACACGAAAGAAGGUCGCUGGCGGCCUGUAUGUGGGCAUUACCGGCGUUUCUUACAUGUUCUAUUAUCUAUCUAAAAACCCAUUACUGUCGGAGCACAAGACUAUGUAUCUACAAAAGGCACUCGAGUACCUAAAGCCCGCAUUGGAUGCAUCACAGGAUAAAACCUCUUUCUUACUUGGUGAUGCUGGCACCUUUGCUUUGGCCACAGUUCUAUACAAAGAGCUUGGAGAUGAUCAUUCCGCCGAAACGCUUCAGGCAUACAAGUCUCUCUACAAUCUGUUUCUUAACCCGAAAUUUGUUAAGUGGGGAGGAGAUGAGUUGUUUGUGGGCCGCGCUGGGUACCUUGCUGGUGCAUUGUGGAUGAGUCGGGAACUUAAAACCAGUGUGUUCACACAAGAAGAGCUACACAAAAUAUGUGACACUAUAGUUGCUUCUGGGAGGGAAUAUGCUUCAAAGCACAAAAGCCCUUGCCCUUUGAUGUAUCACUAUUAUAACACAGAGUAUCUAGGAGCUGCUCAUGGAAUCAGUUUCAUUUUACAAAUGCUGCUCACUGUACCUGGAUACAUACAUUACAACAAGUCGGCUGCUUAUGAUAUCAAAACUUCAUUGGAGUACUUAGCCUCACUACAGACUGAGGAAGGGAACUGGCCAUGUUGUAUGGAAGAGGUUGGUCUUCCGGAGCACAAGUUAGUGCACUGGUGUCAUGGUGCGCCAGGGACUGUGUAUGUCAUGGCGAAAGCGUAUUUGAUUUACAAGGACCAGAGGUUCUAUGAUGCCUGCGUAAAGGCUGGUGAAAUUGUUUGGAACAAGGGCCUGCUCCGCAAAGGCCCAGGGAUAUGUCAUGGAGUAGCUGGUAAUGGAUAUGUGUUCCUACUCCUACACAGACUAACUGGGGACGCAAAGUACCUGCAUAGAGCCAAACUCUUUGCUGAUUUCAUGAACACUGAGGAGUUUAUAAGUGAAGCACGUCUUCCAGAUAACCCAGAGAGCCUGUACGAGGGCUCAGCUGGCACUGUCUGCUUCCUAUCAGACCUUUUAAUACCAGAUAAAGCCGAGUUUCCAUUUCAAGAUGUGUUUUCUACUUACAAUUAAUAAUGUCUGCUUCUGUCCACUGUGUUGUAUCCUGUAGCUAGUUAUUUAUUAAACUGAUUUCGAGAAACA